UUUAUCCAAAUUUCACGAGAAACCAUGCUAUUACUUAUUAAUAAUUUACAUAAAAAUGUUCGAGACAAUUGUAGUUUUAAUUUACGCGUUUAUAGCGAACAUUCCCCUGACAUUGCCACUCCUUAAUAAUUUAUAGCUAAAAAUAUUUCCAAAGUACUCAAGGUUUGUAUUAUGAAACAAAUAUAAGCUUGACAAAACAAUAAUCCAUUUAAAUAUUUUCAGAUACAUCUGAUCCAGGUUCAUCCAAUCCGGCAUCAUCAGACAACAACAGUGGCGUCAGUAUUGAAAUCAUAGUGACCGUUGUUGUUAUUGUUGUUAUUGUUAUAGCAACAGCAAUGGUUAUCGUGUCAUGCCUCAUCUGUCGAAGAGAACGAGGAAAAAAGAACUCGCGAGAUCUAGAUAUUGAUAACAUUCAAAAUACUGCUUAUGAAGGUGACACACCACGAAACGUAGAACUGCCAGAAAUACCUGAUCCUGAAAGUGUUUACGAAGAACCUGCAGAAUAUGCACAACUCGCCAGUUCUUUGAGGGAUCCCGUUGAUGCAAAUUAUCAAAGUUUAUUAAAUGGGCAGAACCACGAGCAGCAGGACAAAGAUUGCAUGAAUGAAAAUAUUCAGCAGAAUCCUUCCAUGAGCAUGGAUAGCAAUCCAACUAACGAGGUUCCUGGCGAAACUGAGUACGUAAUAAUGCCUUAGUGUGAUUGAGAGAAGUCACACAAACCAUCAAGAAUUUUCCGAUUAUGUUACUUAUUUUAAUAAUUAGCAAAUAACAGCGAAACUUAAUCUUAGUAGGUUCACAACAUUUUGUUUAUUUCAGCACUUUUGUAUAUUUAUUUUGAAUACAUUACUAAAAUGAAAUCUGUUACCAAUUACGUUGCGCACUUGAAUACUAAUCAAAAUAACAAAAUAGAUAUAUAGAUAAACGUUGAAAUGUAGAGUUUUACUGAUUUGUAUUCAACAAUUUAAUCAAACAUCAAGGCUCAAGAAAGAUAUUCUUAGCGAAUUAAAUAAAAUUACAAAGUACAAUUACAAAUUACAAAUAAACAAAAAUAGAAUAGACUUGUGAUAAGUUCGUUGUAAUAAGUUCUCUGCAGUAAUAAUUUUUUACUCGCUGGGGCACCUAUGCCCAGGCGAGUAUUAUAGUGUCAGUUUUAAUGUAUGUAUGGAAU